AUGCCUCCCAAGAAAAGCAAGAAGGCAGUACACGCACCACCGCCUGAACCUGAGGUGCCCUCGACAGUCACUACUCCUCGGGGUAAGACCUUCGAUACGACAGCCGCAGCCGCGAGACCGAAGCGCGCCAUUGCGAUGCCCCCACCUGAUCCACCUAGUGCGAAGAGACCCAAGCACUCCAGCGUCGCAUCAACCUCUGAAGUCACACCCAAGAGACGUAGUCGUCCACCUAAGGCCUCGACUGUCACACCUGGGUCUGCCGCUAGACCUAAGGCCCCUUCUAGCUUUAGGGUUGGCGAAAGACAAAGCGCUAGACUGGCUUCUACUCCUGCCAGUGAGACAGAGUUGCCUCCAUUACGCUCAAGUCGUGUUACCAAAUCAACAAUUCCUCCCAAGCGUGGUAGAGGCAGACCACCAAAGAAGACCCAGCACGAAGCUGAAUCUGCCCCUAACGCCGAUGACCAAGCGGACGAUGACUACGACGACCCAACUCACGACGCCAACAUUACCGAGGCCACAACCAUCAUCCAAGCCGAUCGCAGCUAUUGGCUUAUGAAGGCCGAGCCAGAGUCUCGCAUCGAAAAGAACGCCAACGGCGACGACGUCGAUGUCAAGUUUACUAUUGACGAUCUUCGCUCUCGCACAGAGCCUGAACCAUGGGAGGGCAUCCGUAACGCGCAAGCCCAAAACAACAUGAAGGCCAUGAAAGUCGGCGAUCUUGCUUUCUUCUACGAGUCGAACUGCAAAAAGCCUGGCAUUGUCGGUAUUAUGGAGAUUGUCAAUGAAGCCAGCCCUGAUACCAACGCCUUUGAUAAGAGCAGCGCCUACUAUGACCCCAAGUCUGAUCCUGCAAAGCCCAAGUGGAUGCUCGUCCAUGUCGAGUUUCGUCGCAAGUUUGGCGAGAAGUUCACGCUGAAGGACCUUCAGAAAUUCUCUCAGCCUGGAGGUGCUCUUGCUGGAAUGGAAAUUUUCAAACAGUCACGCCUGUCUGUUACUAAAGUCACCAAGUCUCAGUGGGACUUUAUCAUGAGUCAGGUUGAUGAUGAGGAGGAGGACGACGUCGAGAUGGAAGAUUUCGAUGGUUCGAUGGUCGACGAAGGCACAGAAGUUGACGGCAACACAGACUUGGGCAAUGACUUCGCCGCUGCCUUUGAAGCUCCCGUUGACCUUCAUACUGCCGCCGAUGGAAAUCCUGACGGACAGUUACCAAACUCGACUGUCAGCGCUCCUCCCACCACUGCCAGAAGCGUGUCCCGUGGUCGCAGAAGCAGACCCAUAUCCGUUCCAGCUGGCCAGCCUGCCGUUUUGCACGAUGCUGCUCUGCCUGCUCAACACGAGAUCGAUGCACCUUCCAACUAG